AUGAAUCCAUCAGAAGACAUGGCGCGAUUGCGCAAUGCCUUGAUUGCGAGCGACAAGCAGACGCAGCACUUUCUUCAACCACUUCUUCCUUUGCGUGGUGUUCAGGAUUUACUACUGACAUUUGUACGGGACUCGUCGCGGUCGUUUGAGGACUGGAUUUGGGACCCUCAGGUACGACAAACACUCUUGCGCAUGCGAGACAUUGAACCACAGGAUCAUGCUGAGAGUAAAAAUCUGGACCAAUGGUACAUGAAAGCAGCAGAAGAGCGAUUUGAGGCGAUAACACUUCAAAAUCCAGACGACGUGACGCCUCCAGAAUUUUUAGAGGAGGCAGAUAAAGCACAGAGCGCUGGCAAACUUAAAUUCAAAGCAAAGAAUUAUUAUGCUGCUAAAAAUGCGUUUUUAGCAAGUAUUGCAGCUGUAUUGAAACAUCAGCAGAGUGAAUAUUAUGGAAAAUCGAUCCCAGCAGCAAAAUGGGACGAUCUUGACAUGCAGGAACGAUACGUUACUCUCUGUAAUAACGUUGCGAUUUGUGGGUUGAAGAUGAAGGAUCUUUCUCUGAUCAAUGAGUAUGCAGCCAAGGCGCUAACGGUGGACAAAACGUCGCAGAAAGCGCUUUAUGCCAUGGCCAAGUUACGGAUUCUAGAACAUCGCUACAACGAGGCGGAGGAAAUCAUUGACAGGGCAUUGACGACUUAUCCUGACAAAGCUCUCUUUCUUAAUAUACGUAAGGAGAUCAAAGCAGUUGUAAGAAAACUCGCAAAGGAACAAGCGGAAUUGUCUGAGUUGAGAGCGAAGCAGUUGGCUGCAGCCGCGAAUGCAGUAGAGUUGGCAAUGACACAAGAAGAGCGGGAAGAGCAAAGAAAGAAGGAAAUGCAAAGAAAAAUCGAUGCGGUUCCUCUCCCGACUCGAGAAGACGACAUGUUUGCUGCGGCGAGAGUUAAUGUUUAUCUAUCGAGGAUCAAGCAGAAAAUGAUGGUGGAUGUUCAUUCAUGUCACAAUGCCGAGUUGGGCGAAAAGUCUUUGUUUGAGUGUACAGUUGUGAAUGGUACGACAGGGGAAGUCCUUGCAAGGAAUAUCCAAGGUGGCUCGAAGAAGGUGGCGAAGAAUAACGCGUGCAAACUUGUGAUUGAAAAGCUCUGGCGUGAUAAGGAAAAGGCUGGCAAGUUGACACCGGAAGACGUGUCGUAUUUGGAGCUGUAUGAGCGUGCAAAAGCUGAGAAUAUACCGCUUGUGAAUGGACCAGAGUCACCGAAUGUGCCUCAGUCAACACAUGAUAAUAAACUGCAGAUGCCUACUCGGGUGAGUUGGAUGGAGCGGCAGCUGCAACCGUUGCCGUUAUUAAAUCAAUUAACACAGCGUGGAAGUCUCAAUGCUCAAUUUGAUAUUGAAGAUGUGUCGCCCUGCAAAGAGGUGACGGAAUUCAAGUGCACCGGCUUUUUAAAUGGCGAAGAGAUUGCGACUGCUAACGCAAUAAGCAAGAAAAAAGCCCGUGCUGAGGUUGCCAAACAAGUACUUUCUGCUGCAUUUGAAAAGAAAUUGCUGCUUGUUUACGACGGAGCUAAGGAUGAGGAUGUCAACUGCACUGAAAACUAUGCAAGAAAAGGAAAUGAAGAUUUUGAUGUCGUGCCGGCCUAA